CCCCCCCCUCCCUCCCGCCAUGGCGGCCUCGCGGGCGCGGAGAGAGGGCGCGGAGCGGCGGCGGCGAGCGCGGGGAGCCGAGGCUCGGCGACGACGCGGGGUCCCGGUCCCGGCCCGCGGGGCGAGCGAGCGCUUCGCCGCCGGGUACAUCCGGUGCCUGCACGAGGUGCACAGCUUCGUCUGCAGCUGCCCCGGCAUCGGCGCCGCCGCGGCCGCCGCACUGCUCGGGCACCUGCUGCGGGCCAUGCCCCGCGCGCCCGACCCGGCAACCGGACACGAGCCCCGCGCCGGCGUGCAGGCGGACACCGAGCAGAGCCCCACCGACGGACAGGACGCCUCCCGGACGCGCAGCUCGCCUUCGCCCCGCUCGCCCAAAUCUGUCUGGAGACCGUGGUGACGGCGAAGCGAUGGGAGCUGGCACAGACCAACCCCGCGGGGACAGCGUCUGCGGGACUCAAGGCAUUUGCGGGGCUGGCAUCACUGCCCAGCAGGAUGGCGUGUGCAGGGCUGGCAUUGCUGCCUGGCAGGACUGCGGAUGCAGGACUCAUGCUGUCACACCUCGACAGGCUCGCAGCCAAAUGUGUUAACAUUUCAUCCAUGGGGGCGUGCGUGUGGCAGUCUGUAACUUCAGGGGUUGGUUUUAUGAGGGGAUGGGAAGGGGGGUGUCUCCUAGUAGCAAAGCUCUUUGACAGAUAUGCGACAGUUAUUGUAUGACCCUGUCUCUUUCUCUUGGCCCUUAUAAUUGGUCAGAUCACUACCUUUUUCUCUUAAGAAAAAGCCUUGUGUGUUUUUAAAUGGUGAUGGUUAAUUCGACGAGAAGCUCAAAUAAGUCUGCAUGCAGAGUUUUAAGUGUCUUAGUGAUAGCAAAGAUCCCUGAAAGGGGUUGGUGUUGUUGAUGUCUACGCUUGGUCACGGUCUAGAGUCUCGCCUUCAGUGAAGGAAGAGAAGACUGGAAACCUGUUACAAUGAGUUGAACAUCUAAAAGUUAUUGGUGUGAGGGUGCCUUCUAGAAAUGGGUGUCUUUAUGCACAUUUUGCUUUUAGCACAUUUGAGUUUAUUGUGACUUUAUGUAUAUUAGGGUGCCAAAUGUUUUUUAAUUUUAAUCUUUAAUAAAAAAUAUGGAAUCAACAACUGAC